CAAACGUGCACCCGCCUUCAACUCUACACAAGCAGAUGCUCUGCUUUUACUUUAUGAAAGUUUGAAAAUGCGGUGACUAAAUGUUAUUUGAUAUUGUGCGGUUGUUUUGACUCUCCAUGUUGUAAACAAACAUUCAGUGUAUGUGUACUGUCGUCUCCCUGAGUUACUCGGUAAACGUUGCUAUAGCUACACUCUUGAGAGUUGUGUGUUUACAUGUAGUGCUGUCAUGAUGACAUGAGCCUUUGUCGUAUUUUUUAAUGCUUAAUGUCGAUAGAUAUGUCGGUUGUAAGCUUACAGCUGGGUCAGUGUGGGAAUCAAAUAGGACACGAGCUCUUCAGUGUCAUCAGCGAUGAUUCCAAUGGACCAAACAGAAAGAAAUACAAGCAAUGCAGUGAUGACAGAUUCUUUUAUGAGACAUCUGCUGGAGAACUUGUGGCGCGAGCAGUACUUGUUGAUAUGGAACCUAAGGUGAUCUCUCAAGCAAUAGCCAAGGCUUCAAAAUCUGGAAGGUGGAGAUAUGGAGACAAAGCACAUUUCUCUCAGAAACAGGGCUCUGGAAACAACUGGGCGAAUGGGUUCUGUGUUCAUGGACCACGUCAUGAAGAGGCAGUGGAGGAUCUGGUUCGGAAGGAGAUCGAGCGCUGUGAUCGGCUGGCUGGGAUUUUCACCAUGAUGAGCGUUGCAGGUGGCACUGGUUCUGGUGUGGGUACCUACAUCACUCAACGUUUGAGGGACUUGUAUCCCAAUUCCUUCAUCCUGAAUCAAGUAACAUGGCCAUAUGGAGCUGGUGAGGUAAUCGUGCAAAACUACAACUCUGUGCUGACGCUAUCGCACCUCUACCAGCUCUCUGAUGCUAUUCUGGUUCACGAGAAUGACACUGUGCACAAAAUCUGCAGCCGGCUGAUGAACAUCAAACACAUCUCCAUCAGUGAUGUUAAUAAGGUGAUCGCUCACCAGCUGGCCAGCGUCCUUCAGCCCGCUUAUACCGCUGAUUCACCCUGCCAUUACAGCACGAACCCAAUAGGGGAAUUAAUGAGUUCUUUGGUGAGCCAUCCUGAGUACAAACUGCUCAGCUUAUGUAACAUUCCUCAGAUGUCCAGCACAUCCCUGGCCUAUAGUGUAUUUAACUGGCCUGGGCUGCUCAAGCAUUUACGUCAAAUGCUCAUUGCAAGCGCUAGGAUGGAGGAAGGCAUUGACUGGACUGUAAGCGCCCCAUCAGCGGUCACAUCUGGAGGAGAGAGUGCAACAAACAGCAGGCAUAAAAAUUUCAAUAUAUCACUUGCUAAUCUUCUAAUACUGCGGGGGAAAGAUGUUUCUACUGCGGUUACAGAUGGUUUUAAGGAUCCUACGUUAUAUGUGCCGUGGCUUAAAACUGAAAAUAGUUUCAGCACAUGGACCUGUCCUGUAGCCUUCAAUGGAUAUGAAAAGUCUGCCACUUUGGUCAGUAACAGCCAGUCCCUUUUGAAACCCCUGGACAAUAUAGUGAGGAAGGCUUGGAACAUGUUUGCAUCAAGGGCCUAUGUUCAUCAGUAUACAAAGUUUGGGAUCUCUGAGGAGGAUUUUCUGGACAGUUUUACAGCACUAGAACAGAUCAUCUCCAGCUACACACACCUUUGAUUGACCUGAUCAUACACAGCUCAUCAUAAAGAUUAUGACAAAACUAAUUUCAUAUGAAUCCAUAUGAUGUGCCUUUAUCUGCCCCUGGAGAAAUUACAUUUGUUUAAAUGGGGCUGUUAAAUUAAUCAUGUUAUGUUACAUAUUUCUGUUAUUUAUAGCUAUACGUAUACAAUAGAUAUUUUCUAAAUGAUUUGAAAAUGUUAAUGAAAUAAAAGCCAUGUUUAAUUCAGAUGCGUAUUCAGUUUUUAUACUUUUGAAUACCCAUACUGCAAUGUCAGCACAAGAAAUUUUAAAUUAAAAAUAACAUGACUUGCAAAACAUUUUAGUAUUAGACGACAGUGUAAGUACUGGUAUCAAUGAUAUGUGGCCUUCACUGAUAGUAGUACAAAGAUGCUAUUAAACUCAUUUAAAAUACACCAUCUUGUUAACAUAUAAAUGUAUUAUUAGGUGAUUAAUUGUGAUUAAGUAGAGAAAAAUGUGAGUAAUUUGUUAA